CUCCACGUUCAUGGUUCCUUUUUUAACCCCAAACUCCCUGCGACAUGAGAAAGUUCUGCUGAGAUUUCCUCAGAACCAAUCUUGUCUCAAAGACCACAAUCGACAACUCACAUCAUGGCCGACCCCCUUAGCCGGGCCGAAUCACAGUCUCCGAGCAGUGGCUUUUCGGAAAAUGAGAAGGGCAGCGACAGUCAGGAUAGCGGGGAUCGCAUCGUACCGCCCUGGCAUGGAGGCGCCGAAGACGAGGCUGGAUCGCUGCGUUCGAACGGGAAGCGAGAGCUAAAGGAAGAAGAUUGCUACGAUAAACUGGCCUACUGCUGGCCUCGAUGGAAGAAAUGGAUGUACCUUGCGGCUAUCGCCUUUGUACAAGUAUCCAUGAACUUCAACACCUCGGUCUUUCCUAACGCCGUGAAACCUUUAUCCAAAGCCUUCGGCAUCGGCCAACAGGAGGCUCGCACCGGGCAAAUGAUUUACCUGAUCACGUACUCUGUUGGAUGCGAGCUGUGGGCGCCGUGGAGUGAGGAAUUCGGUCGGUGGCCGAUCUUGCAGCUCUCGAUGUUUCUCAUCAACAUUUGGCAGAUUCCCGCUGCGUUAGCCCCGAAUUGGGGUACUAUUCUGGUCGCUCGUGGACUGGGAGGAAUCUCAACCGCCGGUGGCAGUGUUACCCUCGGUUUGAUUGCAGAUCUUUACGAGGCAGAAACUCAACAGUUUCCCCUUGCUUUCAUUGUCCUGGCAUCUUGCAUUGGGACUAGCAUUGGCGGAGUCAUCGGUGGCCCCAUCGAGCGCUAUUUGGACUGGCAAUGGUUCUUCUGGAUCCAGCUCAUCUUUGGCGCCACCACCCAGGCCAUCAUCUUCUUCAUGCCCGAGAGUCGUUCGACCAUUCUCAUUGACCGGGAAGCCAAGCGCCGUCGCCAAUCCGGAGAAGACCCCAACAUCUACGGGCCCAACGAGCUGAAAAAGCCCCGGGUCUCCCUCAAGGAAGCCGGAGAGAUCUGGGUACGCCCGUUCUACAUGUUUCUGCGUGAGCCGAUCGUCCUGUGUCUGUCGCUGUUGUCCGGAUUCUCGGAUGCGCUCAUCUUCACCUUUUUGGAGGGCUUCUCGAUCGUCUACUCGGAGGGCUGGGGCUUCGGAGUGCUGGGCCAGGCGUGGGCGGUGAUCCCGAUCAACGUCGCCUACGUGAUCGCGUACUUCUCGUACUUUCCCUGGUUCUGGCGCGACGAGCACAUCCGCAAGACGCAAGGCGAUGACUCGCUACCGCCCGAGCGCCGGCUGAAGUGGCUCUUGUACCUGGCGCUCCUGGAGCCGAUCGGGUUGUUCGGGUUCGCGUGGACCUCGCUGGGCAAGGACUACGGGGUGCCGUGGAUUGUCUCCAUGAUCUUUUCGGCGAUGGUCGGUAUCGCCAACUACGCCAUCUACCUGUCGUCGGUCGACUACAUGGUCGCCUCCUACGGUGUCUACUCGGCCUCGGCCACGGGCGGCAACGCCUUCUGUCGGGACCUGCUGGCCGGUAUCGCCGCCAUGUACACCACCCCCAUGUACACCAACAUCGGCGACAAAUUCCACGUCGAGUACGCCACCACCAUCCUGGCCUGUCUGUCCUGUCUGGUCGUGAUCCCCAUCUAUGUCUUCUACUGGAAGGGCCCGCAGAUCCGCGAGCGCAGCAAGUUCGCCCAGACGUUGGCGGCGGACAACAAGGCCAACCAUGGCCAUCGCGUGAGCAAGGCCUCUACUGUGAGUCAUUUGAGCUCGCUGUAGUGGCCAUUUGCAUGAUCUUUUUUCCCUCUUAACUUUUUCUAUUCUUGUUUCUGCAUACAUAUUUUAUCCAACUGUACAUAGUAG